CCUCGUCUUCAGCCACAAUGUCAUCUUAUUUCUGCAUGAACUGGAUUCUUCUGAUCCUGUUUACAGGCCCCACGGUAUCGGGAUCACUUGUGAAAGGAAAGGUUGGUCAGAAUAUCACUGUGCCCUGCUUUUACACUGUUAAGAGGACACAAGACAUCACGUCAAUGUGCUGGGGUCGUGACAGCUGCCCUGUUUCAAAAUGUUACCAGACCAUUAUCUGGACAGAUGGAUGGAAGGUGACAGAGCAGUACAACAGCAGGUAUAUGUUGAAAGGGAACCUGCUGAUGGGUGACGUGUCCCUCACGAUCGUGAACGCCGAGGAAGGAGACAGUGGGAUAUACUGUUGCCGCGUCGAGAUCUUGGGGUGGUUCAAUGAUCAGACAAGUAAUCACAAGGUUGUGAUAGAGAAAGCUCAUGGGAGCACCAGUGAAUCAUCCUUUACCAUCACAAGAACGUGGCCAUUGGUUUCUGCUUCGGAAGCUCCUCAGACUUCUCCAUCAGCUAAAAUGUCCCAUUUUGUGCUGUUUCACUGGAUUAUGAUACAGAUCUUUAUAGCGCACACAGCAUCCGAAGCCGUUGUUAGAGGAGUAAUAGGGCAACCUGUUCAGUUGCCUUGCUUCUACCAGGUGGCACGACAUAAGGACAUCUCCGAUAUGUGCUGGGGCAGAGGCCCCUGCCCAAAUUCAAAGUGCAAUAACAAAAUUUUGCACACCACUGGGAAUAGGGUGACAUUCAGAAAAUCUCAGAGAUACAGUCUCCGGGGCUAUAUUUCCUAUGGAGAUGUGUCUCUCACAAUUGGGAAAGUGAAGGCAGAAGAUGCGGGUACAUACUGCUGCCGCAUAGAGAUCCCGGGCUGGUUCAACGACAUCAAACAGAACAUGCAGCUGGAAGUGGUCAGAGCCCCUCCAGUGAUGAGAACCACCACGAGAAAGGCUCCCGUUUCCCGCAAACCUUUUAGAAAAACAACAUUUGCUCCCCAAGCAACCUCUGAUCAUCAAGAAACAUCAGAGACUGCUGUCCUCCUGACAACCACCGUCGCCCCAGCAACAACUGCAACGACCGAGUCUCCAGCAGUAAUUACACUGGAGACCAUUGCACCCCCAACGUUUGCUGUGACAGAAAAUGAUACUUUUCCAGCAACCCUGGUGACAAUCAGUACUCUCCCAGAUUUUCCAACUGGUUUCCAAGCAGCUGACGUGAGGACUGAAGAUGACGACGUGUUCUGCUCAGCGGAGUCUGUCCCUCUUCCUGCAGUGAUUACCGAAUUCCCAAGUACACAUCUGACUGCAGAAGGAACUAAAAGUGCUCACACUUCUCUCAUGGUGGAAGAUGUGCCAACUGCAGCAACAACCCCGCCAGUGCCAACCAUGCUUCAGACCCUGAAGAGAACCCUUGGUCCUUCAGGGAUUUCAGCAAGUUCAGACAGCAAGGCUGAAAAACAUGAUGGUAAUGGCGAUAAGGUAAAACUUCCUCUCUAUGCCAUUCUCAUUGCCUGUCUCAUAGUGGUGUCCAUUCUUUUCAUGCUGAUGCUCUCGUUGGUGUUUUGGAAGCGUAAACACACAAAGAAGUUUAUAAUAAAAAGCCAUGGACCAGCGGAAGACCUUGAAAAAGUUUUCAGUGGUGCUGAAGGAGAAAACAGCAUCUUUUCCCUGUGA